UCCAGCCGCCCGCCGAUGCACUCGAGCAAACCUCCUCCGGUAGAACCUCCAACCAAGAGAGGCCCGGAACUUCAGCAACGGCGACUACAACAUAUCGGCCCAACUCUAUCGGCCGUCUUGACCGAACCGCGAAGAAGAGAUCUAUCGCUGCUAUACUAUCCGCUCAACAACCUUACCUACGCAUUCGACCCGGCAAUCGAUUGUGACGACACCUCCAACCCUGUCCGGCCGACCUGUCCCUUUCCCACGAGUAACACGCAGACUACCUCCGUACAUAUAUGCAUACGUACACAGAUAUAUACAUACGUACAUACAUACAUACAUCGACACGCUUACAGACGGACGGAUAGACGGGCGACCCCGUCACGUCGGCCAGCCAGGUAGCUAGUUAGUCAGUCAAGGAGAGGAAGAGAGAGGAGAGAGAGAGAGAGAUAAGAGAGGGGAGCAGGAAGCGAGUGCGCGUGUGUGGCCCGGAAACAACCAAGAUCGGAAUCUCGUGAAAUCUACCUACUUGCCGCCGUGCCCCAUGGCGUAAUCCAUGGCAGACCGAAAAUUCUCUGCUGCGAACCCGCGCUCUCGAUCGGCUGUCGAUAACGAUCCCCAGGCACGACUCUCAUCCGUCCCCGACCUGCAUUUGAACCCGAACCUGAACCUGCGACCGACAGCUCCUGCCUCGCUGCCGCAUUCGCCUUUAUCAUCUACCAGAAUCACACGCUCCUCCGCGCGGAACGCUGCAAACCAAGCAGCCUCGCCAGGGGAACCCUCGGCCAGCCAACCUUCAGCCGCUUCCCCUCCCUCUGCGUCCGCCGCACCUAGUACGAUCGAGUCUGGGUUGGCACCUCCGUCCUCAAGGAAAAGGAAGACUGCAUCGAGAGAGAGCGAUUUGCAACCACCUCCGCAGAACGUCGCCAGUCCCUUAAUUCGCCGGUCUAAGCGCCAGAAAGUUUCUGAGCCCACAACAGCCCCGGAGCCUCCAGCCACUACAACUGCUACUCCUCCGUCUUCGGCACGUAAACGGAAAGGGAAGGCCGUAGCUUCGAUGUCUAGUCCCACUGGGUCUGACCCACCCCCGCCGACUACAAUGCAGGACCCUCCCGCUCCAGCCUCAGCCUCGUCGAGCCGGAAGUCGAGCCGCAACAAAAAGGGCGGCCAGCCAGCUCAAGAAUCUGCUGCCGCAGGCACCUCGGGUCCUGUUCGAAGAGCGAAGCGCGCAUCUAGCACCCACCCGCCAUCUGCCGACCAGGACACUACCAUGACGGGAACCGAAGAGCACGACAGAGAAACAGAUGCGCCUCCGCCUCCGCCUCCGCCACCGCCCCCUCCCCACGAUCCCGACGAUGACAACAGCGACGAGAAUGACGAUGAUGAUGAGGAGCCAAACCGGCAUUAUGGCGAUGAUGAUCCGUUCGGGUUCGGAGGACCUCCCGGAUCGGGUCUUUCUAGCACGCUCCGAGCGUUAACUGGCAUGAUGUCUGGCAUCACCACGCGGCUACGGGAUAUACUCAACAAUCUUCGGCAGAAAGGCGAUCCCUCGACGCAGCUGGUGGCUCUACAGGAGCUUUCAGAGAUUCUUCUGGUCUCUAACGAAGAGAAUCUGUCAGGGAAUUUCUCGCCAGAGGCAUUCGUGACGGAGCUGGUGGCUUUGAUGCAACCUAAUGAGUUUACCGGAGAGGAGAGUCCAGAGAUCAUGCUUCUCGCGUGCCGAUGUCUCGCGAACUUGAUGGAGGCCCUACCGGCCAGCGCCGCCACUGUCGUCUUUGGUGGUGCUGUUCCGGUGCUGUGCCAGAAGCUUCUGGAGAUCUCGUUUAUUGACCUCGCAGAGCAGGCCCUGAGCACGCUGGAGAAGAUUUCGGUGGAGUAUCCAACAAGCAUUGUCCGAGAAGGUGGUUUGACUGCUUGUCUAUCUUACCUCGACUUCUUCGCGACGAGCACGCAACGGACGGCCGUCACGACCGCGGCCAACUGCUGCCGCAACAUCCCCGAGGAUUCGUUUAACGUCAUCAAGGACGUCAUGCCCAUUCUUCUCAACGUGCUAGGUAGUAGCGACCAGCGCGUCGUGGAACAAGCAUCCCUCUGCGUCACCCGUAUUAUCGAGAGCUUCAAGUAUCAGCCGUCCAAACUAGAACAGCUGGUCAGCGUAGACCUGCUCAAGGCUAUAUUACGGCUGCUUGUACCGGGGACUACGAACCUCAUCAGCUCUAAUAUCCACACCCAGUUCCUCCGUGUGUUGGCCAUUACCGCUCGCGCGAGCCCACGCUUAUCGGCCGAACUCUUCAAGAUGAAUGUGGUGGAGACACUAUAUCAGAUCCUGACGGGGGUCUCUCCUCCUAGCGAGACGGAAGAUGUCGCCUCCAAACUGGACAGUGUUGUCAUUAUGCAAGCGCUGAUUCAUCGACCACGUGAGCAAAUCAUCGAGACUCUUAAUGUGGUCUGCGAGUUGCUCCCCGGCCUGGUUUGGAAUGAUUCAGCUGCCCCUUCGGCUUCCGCCGAUCUUGAUCUCACCGAGCCUAUUACCCCGUCUUCGCUCGGGUCCCGAAAGAAGUCAUCUAACGAAAAGAGGCUUGAGCUGCUUGACGAAUGCAAAGACCAAGUGCGGAGAUUUGCGCUCAUCCUGUUCCCGACUUUAACAGACGCGUUUUCGAGCACCGUCAAUCUGAGCGUCCGCCAGAAGGUGCUGACGGCUCAACUGAAGAUGUUGUUCAACCUUGACAAGGAUAUCCUCGUCGACGCACUAAAGGCCGUCCCGUAUGCUUCGUUCCUGGCUGCCAUCUUAUCCCAGCAGGACCACCCGUCUCUCGUGAUGUCCGCGAUACAGACGACGGAGCUGCUCUUGAGUCGCCUAGAUGAUAUCUACCGGUACCAGAUAUACCGUGAAGGUGUCAUCACAGAGAUAACCAAAUUAGCAGCCGAAUACCAAGAGCCCGAGAACAAGGCAGCCGGGGUCUCGACGGAGCACAGUACGGCGUCCGGGGACGAAGAAGGGGACAGGGCAUCCGUCCACGAUGACUCGGAAGAGGAUGACGAAGAACGCGAGGACGAGGAGGACGAUGACGAGCACGACGACGAGGACCAGGAAAACGAUCAUCACGACGAUGACAUGUCCGGCUCUCCCGCGAGCUCCGACGGUUCUACCAUGUCCAUCGAUGGGCCGCCUCGGCCGUUUAUUGGCGACACUCCGUCGAUGAAGGCUCGCAUCGCCGAAGCGGCGAAGAAGUUCCUCGAGGCCCAUGAGACGGAAAAGCACGGAAAGGCGAUGAAGAAGAAGGCGGUUAAGAUCCUUAGCAAUCUUCAAAGCCUAGCAUCUGAGAUGGAAGCCUUCUACUUGCAGAGGCCCGCCAGAAACUUGAAUCCCGGGAAUGGUAUCGUCCUCUUCGAAAAGUUGUCGUCCUAUUUUGAUGCCGAUGUCCUAGAGAGUGUGACAAGCGCGGAACUGCUCGCUUCGGGGCUCGUGCGCGUCUUGGAACAAGUUUUCAGCAACCCUGACGAGGCGCUGGCCAAUGCUGCGCGAGCCGCCUUCCUCGUGGUCUUCAUGGGGCAAUCCGUUAUCUCACGAACGAAGACGGCGACCGUGGAUUCGCCCUCGACCCCUUUCAGCGUUAUGAUUCACAAACUGCAAGAUCUCCUUAGUCGGUCCGAGCAUUUUGAGGUGAUCACGGUUCAUCACAAUACCUUCGACGGCAAUCGCAGCAGUGCGGCAUCUAUGCUUGCCAAGCAGAUCAGGCUUAAACUGGUCGCCGACGAAGAUUCUGAUAUCCCGCGUUCUUACCGCAAUAUCAUGGUAUCCAUUCACGCCAUAGCCACCUUUAAGGCCCUCGACGACUACUUGAGACCCCGGAUUAGCCACCACGAGCGGCCCCGAGGCCCGAGACCUCGUGACGGCCUAUCCCGAGCGCUGGCUGCGAUGGCUGGUUCGGCAGGGUUGUCGGCAUCGGCAGAACGCCUUGCCGAUCGAUUGGCAUCAGGCUAUUCCGGCGUACCGCCCCCACCACUACCGUCGCAAGCCUCUAGCUCCCGUCCAGCACGGCGAUCUAAGUCGAAACAGCCGGGUCAACCUGACAUCCCGUCUACCCCGAAUUCGACAGCUGGCCCUGUGCGGGAGAAGGCCGUCCUCCGUAGGUCAACGCGACGCCAACCAGCACAGCCCAGCGAAACCCAGGCACCUCCGCCCCCGCCGCCCCCGCCGCCGGAAGACGACGAGGAUUUGCAGAAUGCUUUGGAAUGCGCCGAUGAGAAGCCGAUCACGGACGAGGAUGAGGAAGCCGACCUGGCUGAUAGUAGUGCCCUCGAUGCCAUUGUCGGGGAGCUAGACGAGGAUAUGGAGGAUGCCCCCGUCCCAGAUCCUUCCGCGGUUAACCUAGUAGAGGCAGCUGGCGGAAAGAUUACGGCUAGGAAAGAAGACGGAACGCGGGUCCCGACUCCGGCCCAGAGCGGUCUCGCUAAUAUUCCCAGUCGUAGCGCGCCACCCCAGCCUUCCGGAUCUCAUCAGGGCACACCGACCCCGACUACGUCGACUUCUCGCCCCCUUUCCUAUGCGGCGGCUAUCCAGUCUGUACCCCAAGAUUGGCACAUCGAAUUCAGUCUCGAUAGCCGGGUAAUUCCCAACGAAACCACAAUCUAUCGGGCAGUACAUAAUUCUUCGGCCCCUGCCGACGAUCACCUGAGCCGCAACGUUUGGUCCACGGUGCACUCCAUCAAAUUCCGCCGCGUCCCGGGACCGCCUCCAGCCGAACCUAUCGGCUUCGCCCCCUCGUUCGACGGUACCUCGGACGUGGGCGGUGUGCCGGCCUCGCUCUCCAAUAACCCGACUACGGCGUCUAUUCUCCGCCUCCUAAAAAUUCUACACGACUUGAACGCGAAUAUUGACGAUAUCAUGGUGGAGAACAAGACGACGUUGAAAUUGAAUGUGGAGCCCCUGUCGCAGUUUGUCAAUACGAAAUUGACCGCUAAGCUCAACAGGCAGCUAGAGGAGCCUCUCAUCGUGGCAAGCAAUUGCCUGCCCGGCUGGAGCGAAGAUCUAGCUCGGCUGUACCCAUUCCUUUUCCCCUUCGAGACUCGCCACCUGUUCCUCCAAUCUACAUCGUUUGGAUAUGCCCGAUCUAUGAGUCGAUGGCAGAACGCCCAACAAGAAGAUACCACGCGUCGCGAUCGACGUGACGAGCGCCCAUUCCUUGGUCGUCUUCAGCGCCAAAAGGUGCGUAUUUCGCGAUCCAAGAUCUUGGAAUCCGCUUUAAAGGUAAUGGAACUCUACGGCAGCUCUCAGAGUAUACUCGAGGUCGAGUACUUCGAAGAGGUCGGAACAGGCCUUGGUCCCACUCUCGAGUUCUAUUCUACCGUUUCCAAGGAAUUCUCCAAGAAGAAGCUCAGGCUUUGGCGUGAAAUGGAUUCAAACGACUCCGAAGAGUUUAUCUCCGGUCCUACUGGCCUCUUCCCCCGGCCGCUAAGCGACGAUGACUCAAGCGCAGGCGUCAUCCUGCAGUUGUUUAGAAUACUUGGGAAGUUCGUCGCGCGAUCCAUGAUAGAUUCCCGCAUCAUCGAUCUCAACUUCAACCCUACCUUCUUUCGCAUUGGUGAGGGGUCCUCGGGGGUUAAGCCGUCACUCGGCGCUGUCAAGAUAGUGGACCCCGGUCUAGCCAACUCUCUCAAGCACAUCAAUAAAUUUGUCAGAGUCAAGAAGACGAUCGACGAAGACCCCAACCGCACCCCCGCACAAAAGGUUGCCGACACCGGCAAGAUCACCGUAGACCAGGGGACAUUGGAAGAUCUGGCUUUGGAUUUUACCUUACCUGGGUAUCCUGAAAUCGAACUCAUACCUGGUGGAUCCCAUACAGCCGUCACCAUCUACAACGUCGAGUCAUAUCUAGAGAAAGUUAUCGAUAUGACCUUGGGUCGCGGCGUUAAGCGCCAGGUGGAAGCCUUCCGCAGCGGCUUCUCUCAGGUGUUCCCUUACUCCGCUCUGAGCGCCUUUACCCCGGACGAAUUGGUAGCACUUUUCGGCCGCGUCGAAGAGGACUGGUCUUUAGAGACUCUCAUGGACUCGAUCAAAGCCGACCACGGCUUCAACAUGGACAGCAGAACCGUCCGAAAUCUACUCCAGACCAUGAGCGAACUCACGCCUACGCAACGCCGUGAUUUCCUACAAUUUACCACCGGCAGCCCCAAACUUCCUAUCGGAGGUUUCAAGCGGUUGACCCCCAUGUUUACUGUGGUGUGCAAACCCAGUGAGCCGCCCUACACAUCUGACGACUACCUUCCUAGUGUCAUGACGUGUGUCAACUACCUCAAAUUGCCCGACUAUAGCAGCAUCGACAGCAUGAAGCGGCAGCUUUUUACUGCUAUUAGGGAGGGUCAAGGCGCCUUUCAUCUGUCGUAAUCUCUGGGCCCGUGGGCAUACUAUUAGUAGAUAUAUUGGAGGCUCCCGAACAUCGAUCAGCACUACACUCGGACGACAGUGAUGUCCAUGAUAGCUAGUAUUCUCCAUCGUGUAGGUGUGCCUGACAGGAGGGUACUUUUCUUUCUUCUUGGCAACCCCCCUAAAAUAGUUGCCCUUCUAGUGUCCGCCAUGCCUCUAAAUAGUGAAGGAGUCGAAGCGGGCAACGAGAGAAACACGAAACGGAUUGCGAGAGGGACUUGUCGGAUGCAUGGAAAGGUUGUUUCGGCGUAGGAAUGAGUUAUGAUUCCGGGCAGGAUCAGCUGCAGUCUGGUUAGCCCUGACGAGGUCUAGCUGUAGCUUUGUUCUAAUGUCGCAAAAAGGGUGGCUUCAUCGGGUAGAUAGAUUGGCCAAUUUACGAAAGUAUUGCUCUGCAGAA